AUGGUGAGGAAACGAGCUCCAAAGUCUUUGAUAGAAAUCUUACCAACACUUGUGUUCUGUACGCUCUUUGUCCUUCACAUCAAUCAAAUCUUAACCCAUCUCUUUCUUUCCGACAAAGAAACCUUAAAUAUCACUGUUAAAUCUACACAAGGAGGUACAGAUACUUGCGCUGGAAGGUACGUCUAUAUCCACAAUCUUCCCAGUAGGUUCAAUGAUGAUCUGAUCGAGAAUUGUGAAGCAUAUAUCGAAUUGCGCAAUAAGUGUAAGUACCUGGUCAACUCUGGCUUCGGUCCACGGAUUUCGGAGGACGAUCAUAACCACACCACACGGGUCUUAACAACCGAGACUGACCCUUGGUACUAUACGAAUCAAUUCAUGCUUGAGGUUAUCUUCCGAGAGAAAAUGAAACACUAUGAGUGUUUGACCAACGAUUCCUCCCUUUCUUCUGCGGUUUUCGUCCCGUUCUAUGCUGGUUUCGACGUGAGACGCUUUUGGGGGUAUAACGUGAAGCUCAGAGACGAACUCGGUGAAGAUCUAGCUCGAUGGCUUAGGGAUAGACCCGAGUGGAGGAAAAUGUACGGCCGAGAUCACUUCUUUGUCACGGGACGGGUCGGUCGUGAUUUCAGGAGAGUUUCUGACCAGGAUUCAGAUUGGGGAAACAAACUGAUGCGGUUGCCUGAAUUUGAGAACAUGACGAUGCUAUCGAUCGAGACAAAUUCUUGUAGCAACGAGUUUGCGGUUCCUUAUCCUACUUACUUCCAUCCGAAAAGCGGUGUCGAGGUUAAGAGAUGGCAGAUGCAAGUAAGUAUGAUGCAGAGAAGAUACUUGUUCUCAUUCGUCGGAGCAAACAGACCCGAAUUGGAGGGAUCUAUUAGAGGAGAGAUUACAAGACAGUGCCUUGCGUCGGAAGGAAGAUGCAAGUUUCUUGAUUGUGGUACAAGUAAAGAUUGUGGUGAGCCGGUUAAGCUAAUGGAGGUUUUUCAAGAUUCGGUUUUCUGUUUGCAACCACCCGGAGAUACGCCUACUCGGAGAUCUACAUUUGAUUCGAUUUUAGCCGGUUGUAUACCGGUUUUCUUUAACCGUGAUUCAGCUUAUAACCAGUACAAGUGGUAUUUUCCAAAGGAUCAUACCAAGUAUUCGGUUUACAUUUCGGAGGAAGAUGUGAAGAAUGGUAAGGUUAGUAUUGAGAAGUUAUUGGUUAAGGUUAGUGAAGAGAAGAUUUUCAGUAUGAGAAACGAGGUUGAGAAGAUAAUACCGAAGAUAAUAUACACUAAACCGGAGGAUGUUGGACCGGAGAAGGUUGAAGAUGCGUUUCAAGUUGCAGUGGACAGGGUUCUUAAGAGAGUGUCAUUGUUCAAGACCUCAAUUAUCUAG